AAUAUAUCAACCUCACACCAGCCAUUUUUCGAAUCUCCCAUUCACCCCAUCAACAAUCUAUAUCGUCCAUCAUGGGAGUCGGCGGAGUCGUUUUACGCUUUUUCAGUCUCGCCAUUCGAGUGCUGCAGUUCCUCGCUUCGGCUGUUAUCCUCGGCAUUUUCUCAUACUUUCUCGCCGUCCUUUCCCGCCAUAAUCUGGACAUCCCGACAUGGAUCAAGGCUGUUGAGGGUCUGUCCGGUGCUGCCGCUUUAUACGGCAUUCUAGGCACAGUCUUCGUCUGUUGCCUGGGCGGAGUUGCUUUCUUCGCUUUCCUCGGUGUUGUGCUCGAUGUCUGCUUCGUUGGUGCCAUGAUCGCGAUCGCAAUUUUGACCCGCGACGGUACCCAGAAGUGCUCGGGCAACGUCAAGACCCCGCUGGGCAACGGCAACGCUGAUAACAACGGCGAGACUCCGGCUGGAACUAGCUUCCAUCUGGCUUGUGAGCUGGAGAAGGUCGCCUUUGCAGUCUCCAUUAUCGGAAUCUUCUUCUUCCUCAUCUCCAUCCUCUUCCAGGUCCUCCUGGCCCGCCACCACAAGCGCGAGAAGCGCUUCGGCCCCUCCCCCGCCAACAACUACACCUACGGCACCAGCCGUAAGUGGUGGAGCCGCAAGAGGAACAACCCCGAGGCCAGUGGUGGCGUAGAUGCUUUGCCUAGCCACCCCACCCCGGCCGACGUCGAGUUGGGUGCUGAGAAGCAGCCCGAGAAGAACUGGUUCGGCUCGUGGGGCAAGAAGAAGCAUGACGCUGCCAAUGCCCCCACUGCUACGGGUGCGCAGAAUGGUUAUGGCUAUGGUGGCUCUGCCUACACAGGUAACAUCUAAGCUCGGGCUUUGUGAAGUCCAUCUUGCUUGGAUAUAGCUAGCAAGGCAUUGGGGGUUGGAUGCUCGCUGUCGAGUGAUUCUUCUUUGACAUCCAGCCCCUGUACCUCUUCUUUGCCCGGCUAGCCCCAUUGUUGGGUGCUAGUCAAUGACUGUAUGAACUCUUACGCCAUUUUUGAGCUGAGAUACCAUGUUUUGCUUGUGAGAUUUGGUGUAUAUUAUGCUGCAGGACAACACCUGGGUUAGCAAGGAUUGACAGACAGCCUUGCAAAGGAUAUAAUGAUAAUACUAGUGAAUUCAAUAAGAUCUAUAUGAAGUACUUUGAGAC